GCAUCAUCCAUUUUUCUCCAUUCGCACUGUUUCAUCACUUUUUUCUUUCGCCUCCCGAGCUGCAGAUCUGUGAUUCUCGCGGCCAGUUGCAUGCAUUGUUCGUCUCCCAAAAUGGUUUGCGAGACUAAAAUUGUUGCGGACGAACACGAUGCUAUACCCGGGACCAAAAAGGAGUCGAUGAUGUGGAGCUCCCCUGCGUCCAGCGCGGCUCUGAACCCCGCCGAGGCCAAGGAUGUGCGGAGAGACGAGGUUUUUAUCCGCGAGUUCGAGCGCGGGGAUCAGGUGGAGGUUCGCCGCAUCUUCUGCGAGGGCAUCCUGGAGAGGAUACCCAACACGGCGUUCAGGGGGCUCCGGCAGCAGCCCCGCACCCAGUUCCUCUACGCGCUUCUCACAGUAAUGUGCUUUAUCGUGACCAAGUCUUUCACGCUGACCUGCUGUGCACCGCUCAUUCUCAUGGGAGCGCGCUACUUCUACAGCAAGACCGUUAUUCAGAGAUACCUGGACUGUGCUCUGCAAACGGACAUGGCUGACAUAGAGGAUUAUUACAUGAGAAACACAGGCUCCUGCUUCUGGGUGGCGGUGCUGGACGGACGCGUGGUCGGCAUCGUGGCGGCGCAGGGCCGCGAGGACGACAACACGGUGGAGCUGCAGCGCAUGUCGGUGGACUCGCACUACCGCGGCAAAGGCAUCGCCAAGGCCCUGGGGCGCCGCGUGCUGGAGUUCGCCGUGCGCAACAACUACGCCGCCAUCAUCCUGGGCACGACGGCCGUGAAGCUGGCGGCCCACAAGCUGUACGAGUCGCUGGGCUUCCGCCGAACGGGCCAGAGCGAGGACUACCGGCUCCCCGGGAUGAGCCGCUCGCCGCUGGAGAGGCUCUUCUUCCAGAUCCGCUACAGCCGCUACCGCCUGCAGCUCCGUGAGGACUGAGAGGUGCCAGGGAGAGAGGGAGAGAGGGAGAUGGAGAGGGGGAGAUGGAGAAAGAGAGGGACAGACAGAGAGAGAGAGAGAGAGAGAGAGAGAGAGAGAGAGAGCAACAACCUUUCUUCACCCGAGAGCCCCGACCUCGUCCUCUCCUCCGACGGCUUCUAUUUAUUUUGUGUCACUAGAGAUGAGUUCAACUCUUCUGCUCUUUCAUCCUCACUAACGUCUCGAUGACUCUUCUGUUGUUUUAUACUUUUUACAUUUUAAAUAAGAGUUUGUUUCUUUUUCUUCUAUUUUAUUAAUUGAUUUUUAUUUUUUAAGUACAUUUAUUAACUUUAGUUCUUUUUUUUUUUUUAGAAGAAAGGUGCCCGUUCCUUUUCAUUGUGGGAUAUAUACCAAACAAAUUAUGUGAUGCCAACCAGGCAACAACCCCCCCAGCCCCUUAAGAUCAUGACAGUCAGAUUACUACCCCCCCCCCCCCUUUAAUUUCUAUUCCACUGUGCCCCUCUCACCCCCCAACGAAACUCCAUAGGUCUACAUACGUGUACAUAUGGUAAAUGCUCUGUAUCUAUAAAGUGCUGUUUUAGUCGUGACGACCUCAAAGCGCUUUAGAGAACAGUUUAUUACCAUUCACACAUUCACACAGCACUUUGAUUUAUUUUUUUGCUAUUGGGGGCAAUUCAGGUUUCAGUAUUUUUGGGAUCGAACCGCCCGACCUUCUGGUAGGAGGACGACCGCUCUACCCCUCAGCCACAGCUGCCCCUCUAUACAUAUAUUUAUAUAUCAGUGUAUGAUGGCUUCCUUAAGAAACAAAAAAGCUCUGCAAUGAUACACUUUUUUGUAUCUCUCACUCACACUCACACACACACACACACACACACACACACACACACACACACACACACACACACACACACACACACCCACACACACACAGACAGACAGACACACAUCUCUCUCAAGACACCAUAUUGAAGCACAGCAAGUGUGUUGCUGACCCCCACAGUGAGAGAGAGGAGGACAGGAUGGUUACCGGAAUAUGUGUGUGUGUCUGUAUUCUGCAGGAAUCAACACACUGCAUCUUCCUCACAACACAAUCCUCCUCCUCCUCCUCCUCCUCCUCCUCCUCCUCCUCCUCCUCCUCCUCCUCCUCCUCCCUAAUAAUCGGACUGGAUCUCUCCUUCCUUUCUAGUUUACUUUUCUUAGAUUCACCAUCAGUUAAUUGCUCCUUUUUCUCACCGGAGCUGUAGAGAGGGUCUCUGAUUGGUCGAAGUGACAGGAGCGGUGUAUGUUUGUGUGAUUGUUGGGAGUGUGUGACCGUGUGUGUGUGUGUGCGUGUGUGUGUGUGUUUAUGGUCGGACGGACGACCACGUCUUAAAGAAUCGAGCUAUUUUUAUUUUCUGCGUGAACAGACGCGCACCUUUGUUGCUAUGAUUCAAAUAUUAACGACACAUUGAUACUUUCUACUUGUACUUGUUUACUGACGGAAUCAAGGUGAAUCCUAACAUUUUGAAUAUGUUUACUAUUUGACUGACAAUUAGUAAUUUUAUAACUUUGAACACAUAUUACCACAUUGUAAUAUGCAAGUAGCUGCAGUCUACGCUCCACACACUCGACUGGCAAUACUUACGAUUCCUACAGAACAUAACUGAGCACAAAUAGCAAAUAAUGAUUUAAACUAAUAUACUGGAAUUAUUAACCCCCCCUCCCCAUUCACCUAAUAUUGUGAAUAGUGUUGAGAACUCAUGUAGCUAACUGAAUGUCACCUCUCUCCAUCUCCAUCCUCUGAACCAUCCCA